UACGGGGUAUACCAGGGCGCGGCCUAUGAUCGCCAGUAGCCGUUAGCCUGGUCUGGGAGGUUGGAGUCUCCGUCUUUAAUUUACCUAAGUUUCGUAAGUUAAGUUAUUAAAUAAAGCUAUUGUGUUCUCUAAUAAGAAGUCUCACUAGCCUGUUUUAUUUGAAGUUGUGUACUAGUAUCCCGGUAGGCUGACAAAGCCAUAAUACUAGCGUCCGAUCGAACCACAGUCACACAAAGGUUCCGAGCAGGCAACCCAGCGUCAGAUCAAGCAACGGUGCCACGAUAAUUCCGCGUGCAACAUCACUCAUCAGUAUCGACAUGGCUGACAAAGACAGCGACGCUAAGCCAGGUCUGGCGAUCGAGACCGACGGGGCAAAACUUGCAGACAUAGAGACCUCGGUUGAAUCUGACAUCUACGAUAUGGGACCCCAAUUAAAGCUGGAAUAUGACGAUGUUUUCGCUGCACCAGAUGACUACAACAUAUUCACGUCCAUCACUGACAUCAACAGAAAGAUCUUCAAUAAGAUACAGGUUGUAGUCUACAGCCUCUUCAGUAUCAUCCUAGGAGUCAUCCUAUCUUUCAUCUGGGCAAUAAUCUUCGGUCUACUCAAGGUGAUCUCCACCUACGUCUUGCAACCCGCCUCUAAGGUGUUCUUCAUCCUCCUACGUGUUGCAGGAAUGAUCUGCAAGGCGCUGAUCGGCUCCUUUUGCGACCCGUGCUACCGCUCAUUCGCUCUCAUUUUUUCACGUAUCAACGUGGCUGCCCUGACCGCCACGGAGGCAAGGCCCGUUGGCAUGAGAAUCCACAAUUCAAAUCUUCAAAUUGUCUAAGGCCUUGACAGUUGUCGCAAGAGGCAAAUUUUGCAGGCAACUAGGAGGCAACCAGCUGCAGUGCCUUAGGUACGAAAUGCCGAAGUCACCUCGUAACUUGCACAAGGUAUUAUACGAAGUAUCCUGACAUCCACUAUACAGGGCCACUUCCGCAGCACAUGAGUAACUUGUCAAACAAUGUCUUGCGAUCCCAAUACGAAAUCGUGAUUACAUAUAUAUUCAAAGAUGAAUGCCUUUUCUUUGAGAUUGCAUGGAACCGGUUGCCUGUAAACUGCCUCAUGUGACACGACCCUAACUCCAAAGUCCGUUUUCAGUGAAUUUUGAAACUCGCUUUGGUAUUUUUGUUUUUUAGGGAAAAAAGAAAUUUUUAAGAAUGUUUUUUUUUAACAUUAAAACCUACAAGUGUUAUUUUUAUGCGGGUUAUUAUUAUUAAACGUAAUUUAAAUUAUACUCAACGUGUACCUUUAGCCGACUGAUUUCUUUGCUCAUGAAAUAGUACAAAGAUGCGAGGCUUUUUUUUUUUAGGGAAAAAAGAAAUUUUUAAGAAUGUUUUUUUUUAACAUUAAAACCUACAAGUGUUAUUUUUAUGCGGGUUAUUAUUAAUUAAACGUAAUUUAAAUUAUAUUCAACGUGUACCUUUAGCCGACUGAUUUAUUUGCUCAUGAAAUAGUACAAAGAUGCGAGGCUUGACGCUAGGUGGCAGCAGACAUGAGAAAACAAUCUCCACAAGUUUUGAGCAUGCGGGUCUCCGACCUUAAGAUUAAUCCUAAGUUAAGAAGAGUUUCACGUCCUAACUCGAGAUAAGACGAGUCCUAACUCUUUGUGAAAUCGACCCCUGGGCCCUAAAGCAUGUAAGCACAAUAACUUGCUAGGCACAGAAACAUAUUGCACUUCUGGAAAACUACGUUACUUCAGAGGGAGCUGUUUCUCACAAUGUUUUAUACUAUAUC